AUGGGUGAUGAAGCAGCAGAGGAGGAGAGGUUUGAGUGGAAGCUUAAAGUUGGUAUGAGAGUGGGAAGAUUCAAGUUGAAACUCCAUCUUCGAAACCGACUAAUCUCAUUAUGGAAGCUUCAUAGAUUGUCAUUCUUGGUUAGAUUCAGAAAGAAGCAUCAUAUCAGAAUCGAUUCUGAAUCAAAACCUCAAUGUGGAGGCAAGUCCAGAAUGGGAUUCAUACGGAGGAGUCUUGGUGUCCCCUGGAGGCGGAGAGUAGUGGCAAAGGUCUGA